AUGAGGCGGUUUUUAAUUUCCGUUGUGUUGCUCGGUUCGGCGGUUUUACUCGCGACGGCAAGGGAUAUCCCUCUGUAUGACAUUCCGGAGGAAGUUCCUGGGGUUAAUGGUUUCGCCACUGGAUGCUCUCUUCGUCUCAAUGGAGAUCUUCCACUGCCGCAGCCACUGUUCCUCGUCCCGGGCACAGACCAGUUCCGCUACCCGUCCACCAACAGCGGCAUACUGACACUGGACGCCGGCGAAACGUUGGAACUUGCGUGCUCGACAGGGUUUCAGCUGUACCCGAUGAAAACGUCCAUCGUGGUGACGUGCGUUAUCGAUGGUCAGUUCAACUACGACAGCCAGAUGUACGGUUUCUGGGAGUUCGGAUGUUUGGUCAACUGGCGAAGCGUGGCCCGUCGUACGGCACAACGUUGCUACAACGAUGCCACCAUCGUGGAGAUUGGCUUCGAGCUGGGCGACCGGUUCCCGAAGAUUCUCGACGUCUGCCACGACGAGGUGACGUUCGACAAUCACUACCUGGUGCACGAGUUCACCCCGGCCAAUGCCGGUUUCGAGACUGGGGUGGCCCGUCCGGGCUGGAUACAGGGCACCGGUUUCUUCCCGGGCGUAACGGUCAACACGCUGUACACGGUCAACAUGCAGCGCGAAACUAUUGCGACCAUUCUAAACUCGCAAGCGCGAGCCGACGAGCUGGUGCAGACGACAAACAACGGUAUCUAUAUGGCCCGGGGACACAUUGCCGCACGGGCGGACUUUGUGUACGCGACGCAACAGAACGCCACCUUCUGGUUCCUGAACACGGCCCCACAGUGGCAAAACUUCAACGCCGGCAACUGGGAGCGUAUUGAGGCGUCGGCGAAAACGUUCGUCGCCUCGCGGAACAUCCGUGUGCGUGUUUACGGUGGAACUUACGGCGUACAAACGCAAGCCGAUGGCAAUGGAGACCACCAUCAGAUCUUCCUCGAUUUUGAUCCCAAUGGACGUACGAGGCUGCGCGCCCCGAAGGUCUACUACAAAAUCCUGCACAACGAGGCUCAGAACUCCGGGAUCGUGCUGAUCGGUGUCAACAACGUGCAUAUUUCCCUGGAGGAAAUCCGCCGGGAUUACAUCUUCUGCACAGACGUGAGCAGCCGCAUCGGAUGGAUCAAUUGGGACAGGGAAAAUUUGGCGCGAGGAUAUUCGUACGCAUGUGAAGUGAACGAGUUCAACCGAGUGACUGGCCAUCUGCCACACUUGAACGUAGCGAGUCUGUUGAUCUGA